CUGAUCACCCGUGGACGCCUGGAUGUACCGCUGAGCCACGACUCUGUCAAACAAACCCCAUGGACUGCACUCCUCCGCGGGCAGCCAGCUCCGAGCUCCGCCGAACCACCCCCGCGGCUCCCCGGUUUGCGCAGCCUCUUCCCCGUGGACGUGCUUGUGUUACGUUUGGAUACUGACUUUUACGCAUUGGACAUGUGCACACAGGACGAUGACAACCGCUUUUCUCAUCGUAGAAGUAAAAUAAAAUAGGCUUUCCCCUUUCACUGGAUUUACUCCUGUCGUUCCAUAUGAAGAAGCCAAAAAGUUGGAUACGCGUCUGUGUCCAGUUACUGCUGUUCAUCGUGUUUGGAGGACAAGCGCUCGAGUUCCACGGCAACCCAGUGACGGACGACAUCCUCAAGCUCACUAUUCUGAGACAGAAUAUUCCUAAAGAUUACAAAAUUCCAGUGCGUUACAUUCCAAGAGAAGAGGGGGGUAUGUGUUGGGUCAAACUCAACGUCUUCUACCUGGAGGAGAGUUUAAAGGAUCUGUCGCACAAGUUUGGAAACAUUUCAACGAACCGUAAAGACAUUAGUAUAAUCAUACAAAUGCUCCAAGGCUCAAGGAUCAAGAUGGGCCCUCUGGACCCCAUCAUGUUGGACUUCCAGUGUCACUACAGAGACGAGCGAUGGGCCACAGCGUCGUACUUCGAUUACGUCAAAGAUUUUCUGACAGAGACUCAGCAACUCAAAGAGUUUUCAGACGACUGUGACCCUCCACCUUGCCCAACACCACAACUACCAACAACCACUACAGCCACGCAGCUAGAGUCCAUAGGCUCCACAGAGUCCAUGACUGAGGCCUGUCCGCAGAGGGACUGUCAGCCUGAAAAGGAUUUUUCGUUUCAAGUCCUCGAACGCAGCCUCCUCUCUCUACUCUUCAUCCCUCUGUUAGCCAUCAUAUUCCUCCUCGUCUGGAAGCUGCGGUCUCGGAGGAACAUGGAGGAUCGGGAUCAGACUCGAGUUGAAGACGGACUCUUCGCCGCAGCAGAAGGGGGCGCUGGUCCACUAGAUGCCGACGUAUCUGAAACAAACCAGCUCACUGUGGACGCGGUGUAAAGCUGCUCUUCAUCUGCCGCAAAACUGGGCCGUGCGGUUUUCUGGCGUUGACGUCGGAGUUGUCUGGCAGGAGCAGAAUUCACACGAUGGCGUGAACUUUCCAGACAUUUCAACCUGGACGAACUCUUCCCAAACACGCUUCCGUGCGGAUUUCUCACCAUUUCAAACUCCAAACCUGACCUCCGCUUUGCCUGUGUCACCCAGCAACAAAACUAUCUUCAAAAACGUGUGGAUAUCUUCUCUGCCUUUCUAUCCAGGACUGCGUUAAACCCCCCAAAGACUGAACUAAAGAGAGUUUUUUGCAAAGAGAAAACGCGAGAGAUCACCCUUUCACUGGUUUUCAAACGUCCAACUUUACACAAAAUGGCUUCUCCUCCCGAGUCAAGAUGGCGUCCUUCUUCUUGCUACAAACCUGCUGUGGUUUCAACCAUCAGGAAGUGACUGUUUUGCAUUGAAAUCAGGCAGGGUCCAAUACCUUCUUCACUACCUCCGCUUCACCUGUCCAGUUUAUUCCACUAAAUAAAUGUGUUUUGGGGUCUCUCUCAAAGUUUUCAUUCCAGUUUUGUUGGGGUGUACGAUGUAUUUAUUUAUUAAUGGCAAUGUAAAAAAAAGUUGUCAUUUUUAAGCGCGAGCACCUUCUUCUUAUGGUCACAGUUACAGUUGUAUUUGAACACAGCGCCAGAGGUUUGAACAUGUUUUGUUUUGAACAUUUAUGAAUGGAUUUCAUUAGUUUGACCAAAGUAUGCUGCUUUUAUGAUCAUUAUCCAUAGAGUUUUCACCAAGAGGAGCUGCCGGGUUCAAGUCCCUGACCAGGUUUUUCAGGCUGAUCGGAAAUAUAAAAACGAAAUAGAAUAAAAUUUAAAAUACAGAAAUUUGGAGGAAAAGACCAAAUCCACCCAAUUUGUUGUAGAACAUUUACAAUCGUGAGUAAAUUUCCAAACUCCAUUUUGUUUUCUAACGUCCUGAACAAAAAAAUAUUGUUGGCUACUCAUGAUGUUCCUGUUUAAAGGCGACAUUUUGAGGACUCUUGACCGUUCAAAAAAGUUUCAUUUCAGUUAAAGGGUCUGUACCUGAGUUCCAACCACACAUAAACAACUGUCUGGAAUAGUGUCAUGCAGUUGUUUUCUUACAGUUCUCAAACUACUGCACCAUCACAGUCAUUAAGUGUCAGGCAGCUGAUGUCCCAUGAUUCUUAGCAACAACGGGCUGACACAAUCCCGAGCGCUAUUCAUUGUCUAUUCAUAGGUGCCAUUUUGAGCACGAUUCAAGAGAUCUAAUAUCUUGUUUUCGAUUGUUAAUUACGACUUUAACCUAGAGACAUUAAAGGAUGGGUCAAAGUCAAAUGCUGAGACAUUUAAAGACGCUGCACCCAAUGUUUUACUGUUUUAAAAAUGUAUAAACCAGAACUAGAUCAUUUUAAACAGUUUGCAGUUGUCCAAAAGUGUUUUUAUUUUGAUUUCAGGGUAAAGCUAAAAGCAACGAACAGCAGAGUUAGACUUAUUUCCUUGUCCACAGAGACAAAAACCCUUAUAAUUAGAUGCAAACAGCACACAGUGAUCUCAUUUUGACCCUCAAGGUACACCGGGGCAUCAGGAGCGACGAGUUUAAAUGCAAAGUCUAUGAUGGACAUGUGUUUGCGUUUCUUGGACCCAGACACACCGCCGCUGCAGAGCCAGUCGCCUUUGUUGAUAAAAAAAUAAUAAUAAAUACAGUAAAGCCACUCACUCAACCCGGUCUGUCAUCAUUCACAGAGAGAUUGGGAAAACAAAACAUCCAAAGACACUCGCAGAUCGCAACGGAGUAUUUUUCUCCGACAUGUGUCCAUAAUGCUCGUCGGAGGUGUCUGUCCUCAAAUGCAAAGGCGUCCAACUCGCCCCAGUCAGAACGCAGCAUCAGAUCUGCUUUAUCUGUACUGGGGCAUUUGACUUUUAAAAAAUCAGGUACAGGCCCUUUAAGUCCACCUUGUAUCUUAAUUAUAUGAAUAGUAGCAAACAUUUACAGACCUAAUAAUGAAUGGAUUUAUUUCAAAGCAUCAGUGUAAGUCCUCACGCUCCCGUUUACUCGUCCAAACACUGAAAAACCAGCGCAGGCUUGAACCAUGUUUUUGUGAGUCUGACGUCGGCAGCCUCAACAUGCCUUUUUUCUUCCUUUUCUUUUUUGUACUUGUGCAGAUGGCAAAACUGUCCGUUGUCAUUUAAAACUAAAUAUGAAAAAAAAUGUAAAAAGAGAGAGUAUAAAACCAAAUAGCAUUAAAUAAAUAAAUAAAUCAUAUAUAGUUAUUUUUAGAUUACGUGACUGCUUAUUUAUGGAGGAUCCCUAGGGCUGUGGCUUUGGGCGGUGGACUUUAUAAAUAUGUUUUGUGUUCUGGACAAUCUGACACAUUAGUUGGUGCUUUGACCGAAAAUAAAAACCCAGAUGCAGAAGCUCAUAAUGCCAAUGUAUUGAAAGAUUAAAGACGCACUGUGUAACUUUUUUCUGGUGGAGGGUCGGCCGCUUGCUUGUCUCCACGGAGAUGUUUUGCGUUGUCGUUAAACUGUUCAAUCUUGCAUUUAUUCAACUAUUCAAAUCUUUUAAUUGUCCCUAAAUAAACUUUGAAAGAAUCUUAAU